UCUCAGGUGCUGUGUAUUGAUGAAGCUACUGCAAGCGUGGACCUGGAAACAGACAAACUGAUACAGCAGACGAUCAAAAGUGAAUUUAAGGAGAGUACUGUUUUAACCAUUGCUCACAGGUUAGAUACGUUGAUAGUAGCGAGGAAUGAUGUGGUAUUCAUUAUCGAGUCGGCUAACUCAAGUUGGACACAGAGUUGAAAUCCAUCAGUUGAGUUGGCGGCUUGUUCUAGAGUACGCUAAAAAUUUGACCUUAGAGAAAGACACGAUCCAUAAGCGAAAUCUUUUGCCUUUCUUUUUUUCUUAAUUAAUAGAGAGAAUUAGAGUUCGUUUUGCCGCUGACGGCAAACGUCAGUUGACAAUUUUUCAAAUUAGGAUAUGAGCUGAUAAAAACAGUCUUUGCAAGAUAACCCUCAUGUGAACCUGAAACGAAAGUAGUCUACUAAUUUUUCUGUAGAUGUAAUCAACAGAUGACGAAAGGGAAAAGUUGGUCACGUGAUAAAAACUUACGUUUUCCGCUUUUGUAAGUGAUUUAAGUCUCCAAAUUCUGACCAUCUGCAGUGAGUACGCGGCACGCGUGCUCAUCAUAUCGAAAACCAAGCGAUGCGUCUGAGCCCCUUUUUUCACGAUUGUAGGUGACAGGCGUUGAACGAAAGGACGUACCAUGAACUUGGACUUCUCGAAUACCGGCUACGUUCCUAGCUGUUUAUGUCUACUAAGAUCGCGUCUAACGCCUUAGACAAUUAUGACCCGUUAAUAUAAUAAUAGAAAGCUGCGCAUGAAGACUGCUACAAUUCAGAAGAGUUCCUUUGUAACUUGACGCUUCUCUCAUUUUCUUAGCCUGUUAGCAAGUGGGUGAUAUUUGGGAGCUUAUACAAAGACGUUUUUGAGAGACACACGUCAACCGGAAGUGGACCUUUUGCAUUGCUGGCCAGUGGUUUUGCCCAGAUUUUUGCGCAAAUCGUCUCUAUAACAGUAACGACCCUUAGCAAUACAUAUUUGGUUGCGUCAAGGCACAUUAAAAGGGGAAAAGCCCGACUUCCGGUUGACAAGCAAGCUUUCUUAAUCUUUCAAUGAUUAAUCAAUGCAAUCUCCCUUGUUUUAGGCUUAAUACCAUCAUGGAUAGUGACCGUGUUCUUGUCAUGGAUCGAGGGACUGUGAUCGAGUUUGACACCCCACAAGCCUUGCUGAGAAACAAACAUUCUUUCUUCUAUGGACUGGUGCAUAGAAGCAAAUCUGACCAGAGUUAA